AUGACUAAUAAAACUCUCCAGAAUCUCAAGGAUGUGUUCAUCCCGGUUCCUCCGGUAGUGGAAUAUGUUGGAGGAACCAAGGUGGAGGUGCGAAGAAAUCGAGUUGAUGGUGAUGAUACCGUGGAGAAGUUGCCUGAUAAGGACCAGAAUAACGAGGUUCUAGCCGAUGAUAACUCUUCCAUAACAUCCUCGACCUUGGAACAAGGUCAUGUGCAUAGAAAGCUCAAGAAUAGACAUGUUCAGUUGAUUGGCAUCGGAGGAACCAUUGGAGUGGCUCUUUUCGUGUCGAUCGCCAAUGGUCUCAGAAACGGGGGCCACUCAGCUUGUUCUUGGGAAUCACUUUAUGGUGUAUUCCGGUUUUGGCGGUGA